AUGUCAUGUGAUACAGGAAAACACUUUUGUGUAUGCCAUCCUACUCAUAUGGGUGUGAAUUGCAAUACUACACGUGAUCCAUGCUUAGAAUUGGCAUCAGGUGUCAAUAUUCCAGGCAACGUGGCAUGUAACAUUGCUAAUGGGGGUGUUUGCAUCGGAACUUCAGGGACAAAUACAUAUCACUGCGAGUGUCCGGAAUCGCUUACAAGUGAUCCAGCUUAUCUUUUUCCGAAUUGUUUGCAAUUUAAAGAUCGAUGUGUUAGUACAAUAUGUAUUCGUGGUGAUUGUGUCAGCUCAAAAAAUGGACAAGAAACUUAUUGUAUUUGUCCAGAAGAAGCCUAUGGAAAAUAUUGUGAAUUUAUACGUGGUCAAUGGGCUGAAUGGUCACCAUGGUCUGAAUGUUCACCCAACUGUGGACUUGACUAUCAUCGAAGACGUGUACGUACACGUGAUUGUUUAGGUGAAGCGUGCAAUGGAGGAUUAGGACAUUUUCAUAUGGAAUUAUGCGAUAUACUUCCUUGUCCAGAUGAAAUAUUACAAUUAAACAGAAAAGGUUUACUCGAGGAAGGAUAUGAAUUGAAAUUACAAAUGUUACAAGCACAAGCAGCACGUUAUGUAAGAAUGUCAGGUGCAAUCGCUGAAUGCUUGCUGCUCAUAACUUGUAUUUUCUCCGCUGUUUCAGUUACAGCUAUGGUAUUAGCUGUACACUGUUUAUAG